AUGGACCUGUUUGCAGAUCCCUAUGCGUACAUGACCCCCCGUCUGAAGUCCCUCGUCCUCUGGGAGAAGCCUACCGUCUCGGGAGGCGUCCUGGCCUCGUCCUUGGCCCUUGUCCUCUCCUGCCGCUGGGUCUCGCUCCUCAACGUUGCCUGCGCUGCCUUUGUCUUUGGUAUCUCGGCCUCCUUUGUCUACGUCAACGGACUCUUGGUCUUCAACCGCAUCACCAACAAGUCUGCCGCUCGUCCACUAGAGAAGUACUACUCUCGCUCGGCUGAAUUCUUACACUUGGAGGCUGACCGUCUCCACCGCCGUGUCGACUAUGUCACCGACGGCCUCAACAUUGUCCUCACCGAGCUCGCCAAGGUCGUCCUUGUCGAGGAUAACAAGCGCUCCCUCAAGUUCAUCGGAAUCUUCUACGCGAUCUGGACUCUCAGAACCUGGUUCUCGACUACAACCCUCCUCUCCUUGAUCCUCGUCUCGCUCUUUGCCGCGCCCCGCCUCUACCUCGACAACCAGACCCUCAUUGACGCCCACGUCGCAAAGACAAACGACCUCGUCCAGGCUCAUGUCGGAAAGGGCCGUCAGGUCGCCCAGGAGCAGUGGUCGUCUGUUUAUAACAAGGCUGAGCAGUUUGCCAAGGAUAAGGGUAUCCUCAAGAAGGCUCCCCUCAAGACCGAGUAA